AAGCUUUGACCGUCCUUUCAUCAUCAACACACACACACACACACACACUUCGAUGUAACGUGCUUUAAGCAGAGUCUGCUUGUUUGUUUACAGUAGCAAAAGGGAAGAUUGUUUGACUAACUAAUGUGAGCUACUUGUUGGCUACUGGCUAAUGCGAAGGACUACCAGUUUGAUACAUACUUUGGAAAAAAAGAGUUGUGCUCUACUUAUCUAUAAUCAUAUGAUAUAUUAUCAUAUUAUCGUGAUUAAUAAUUAUACCUGAGUGUUAUAAUGCUAAGGCAAAAUAUACAGCUUCAUAGGAUUAAUUGCCUAGUGAGUGUAUGUCUUCAUCUCCUUCCUUGCUUAAACGUAUUUGCAUUUUUUUAUUUUUUAUUUUAGUAAAACAGAAAAUAGUGUGCUUCAGUCAGUAUUUGUAUUUGUGCGUUCCCUUUUGGGAAGAGGAAAAGCCACCGAGGCAAAGAUAAAGCAAGAGGUCACAGAGGCAAAAAAGACAGCAAACUAGAAAUUUUGCAAAAGAUGAUUAAAGGAUAAUACUUGAGAGGAAACUUCUUGAAGCUUUUUCCUGAACACAUCACGGUCUUAUAUCCUUAUUUGCAACUACAAAUGUGCGUCGGCUUCCUACUUGCAAACUCAGGACAAUUUAAUCGUUUGAUAUUGAUGACAAUAUUAUACAAAUGAUCUGUAUUUACUCUAUUUCAGUAUUUAUCAGCACUUUCUGAGCUAUCCCGUUUUGCAUUAACGAUUAGGAAGGGUGAAUAAUUUUAUAUUCGGGAAAAUCUCAUUAAUUUCUGCAUCCUCACUUUUUCAACAAAAAUAACAUGAGACAAACUCUGGGCGCGCGCAAGCGCUCCUUCGGGAAAUACAUCGGGAGCUUUUCGCACCUAACAGGAAGCUGUUUUAGUUUGACAGCCGGUAUUUCCUCAUUGAUCAUGGCGGCUAUUUACACAUCUCGCCUGUUCAUUAUUCAAUCAAUGGAACGUGUGAGCGGGCUUGACCUGGCUUGAUUACUACUUUACAUCUCAGCCAAGGUCAUCUAAAUGGAUCAAGUUCUUCAUUGAGUCCCAAAAAAAACCUUCAGGGGAGCAUUAAUUGCAUUUCUGUACCCCUCGCUCUCAUCCACUUGCAUACUGUAAUUUAAUACAAAACACACACACGCGCAUGUAAAGUCACCGUCUUGCUGACAUGCUGAAAUUGUCUGCAUUGAUCACAGAGGAGAGAAGAGCAUAUGAGCGUACGUUGUUGCCUUCAAGCGAUGUCUGCUUUUUAAGCACAACCCAACACCCGCUUUCAUCUAUUGGAACACAAAUCGGGACGUUGAACGCAUCAUUAUAUUCAUCACCGUCUUUCAAGUGUGCCAAAGAUGGAAAUGAAGUGCAUUUUUUUUUGUUUUGUUUUAUCAAAUUUAUUGUUCCCGUCAGUUGCACAUUGUUGCAACAUACAGUAGCAUCAGCGUUUCUGUUUCUCAAAGCCGUAAUUGCUGCACCGUUUUAGCCAAUGAAUUCACUCAGAUAUAUUUAUAGUUCUGCUAGUUGUAUUGUGUGUCCAACACACACACACAUUUUCCACAGUCUGCUUCUUUUCCAAUCUGAUCAUGUGUAGUGGUGCGAAACCUCUCCAAGUGAUGCUAUAGAGCUUUGCACGUUGUAAUCCCAGCUUGCCUGUUGACUCCACAUUUCUGCGUCAUUAGGCUCCCGCUGAUGAAAAUCCACACAUGCACCCUCUCUCUCUCUCGCUCUCUCGCUCUCUCUCUCUCUCUCUCUCUCUGUGGUGUACUGGGUGGCAUUCCUUCGCAUCCACUCCGCUGGCACGUCAUUCGGAGGUUGAGGUGCGCGCCGAGAGGACACCCGAGAAGGAACGCCGCGAACAAGCAUCAUGCAAGCUGAUGGUAAAGCAGUUGACGGCAGCUUACUGGGAGAUGCCAACGGCGUGGAGCCCGCCCCGGGCCGAGGGAAAGAUUCCGGAAAAUGGCAGAAGCCGCGAUUCUCUCGCAAAACUCUGAUGAAGUGCUGCCUGGUCAAAUGGAUCAUCGCCAGCACACAGCCUCAGGACAAAGACAGCAGCGACAGCGAUCUGGAGCUAUCCACGGUGCGUCACCAGCCGGAGGGUCUGGACCAGCUUGAGACUCAGACCAAGUUUACCCGGAAGGAGCUUCAGUCGCUCUACAGAGGCUUCAAGAAUGAGUGUCCCAGUGGGUUGGUUGAUGAGGAGACCUUCAAGACCAUCUAUUCUCAGUUCUUUCCUCAAGGAGACGCGACCACGUACGCUCACUUCUUGUUCAACGCUUUUGAUAUCGACCGGAACGGUUCGAUCCGCUUUGAGGACUUUGUCAUCGGCCUGUCGGUUCUGCUUCGAGGAUCGGUCACAGAAAAGCUCAACUGGGCUUUUAAUCUAUAUGACAUCAACAAAGACGGCUACAUCACAAAAGAGGAGAUGCUGGCAAUAAUGAAGUCCAUCUACGACAUGAUGGGCAGGUAUACUUACCCAUGUGUGCGAGAUGAGGCUCCGUCCGAGCACGUGGACAAGUUCUUCCAGGUUGUCAACAGACAAAAUGGACAGAAACAGAGAUGGUGUUGUGACCAUUGAAGAAUUCAUCGAGACCUGUCAGAAGGACGAGAACAUCAUGAACUCCAUGCAGCUGUUUGAGAACGUAAUCUAAGGCAUCAGGUUACUCAAAGACCAUAUUUUUCCAUUCAGAACACAAACACAGCACAUUCAUCACCCAUUCCUGAAAUACCAAAUAGAAGACACCUUUGGCACUUCAUGUUCAGACACAGAGGAUUUUUCUUCUUUUAGUUCUGCUCACUAAGCCACCGAAAAGGACCACAAUGGACACCACAUGAGCUUCCUGUAGAGACUGCACAACCUUUUUCUAUGUUUUGUGUCUCAAAUAAAGCCCCAAAAAGACUUUUGUCACCAAAGUGAAAGAAGAGAUCAUCACCAAAUGAAAGACACAAGAUUUAGGCUUCAUAGUUUCCUCUCAUUUGGACAAAUUCACUAGCCAUCGUCCUCACCCGCUAAAGGAUGGAAACUAAAAAGGGGGAAACAAAGCAUGUUUGUAAUGUGGAAUUAGCUCGCGCUAUGACUUCAUGUUUAUGUGGGUUGGAAAACGAAGAAGUGUCAAUAUGAGGGGAAAUUUCUGUACAUAUAUCGUGUAUGUAAGGCUGCUGGAAACCAAAUCAAUCUGGAUAAAGUGAUAUUACUCUUUGAUGAUGAUGUUUAGCAAAAGCACCUCACAGAUUGCGUUGUGUUCUUUUGUAUUGAAUGAAGGUUACAUUUCAAAUUAUAAGAUGGGGCGAGUCUGUGCAGUACUGCGAAGAAUGAGGUCUGUAAAUGUGGGUUUUUAUAUGCUGAAUGAAGGCUUUAUGUUGGUUCUUCACUAUCUACUCGCAUGCUGACUAAGUGCCACAGUGUAAUAGUACAGUCGGACCUUUGUGACGUGGGUUAAUAAAGAUGCAGUCGACUGCUGUGA